AUAAUGAAGAGGAAUUAGUUUGACGGGUCCUCAUAAUAAGUGAGACUUCCCAGUGAAAGCCGAGGAGAACGAAGUACACGGUAAUCGAUAAAAAUGUAACUUAAACGGUUCAAGUUCGCGUUUUCGCAGGCACCCCAUCACUUAUUGAAGUGAGGCACGCCUACAGCGCGCGCGGCUGCCCAGUUCCUCCUCACAGAAUCCAGCGCGCUUUACGGCGCUCACACACUGUCACUGACACAAUGCGCUGCUAUUUCUGGCGGAUUUACUCCGGAGGAGUAACAGUGGAAUAACAGGAAAUCAUGCCAGUGCCGUCGUAGGAGCCGACCGAAGACUCUCCACUUCUUUCCCGGGAUUGAUCUUUUUUUUUUUGUUUGUUUAACCCUCAUUCGCAAUGCUUUACUUUCAGCUGGUGAUCAUGGCAGGGACUGUCAUGCUGGCGUACUACUUUGAGUACACCGACACUUUCAGCGUGCACAUCCAGGGAUUUUUCUGUCACGAUAAUGCCUACACGAAGCCCUAUCUCGGACCGGAGGAGUCCAGUGCGAUCCCCCCGGCCAUCCUGUACGCGGUGGUCGCGGGGGUCCCGGCGCUCGUGAUUACAGUGACAGAGUCCGUACUCUUCUUGCUGCAGUAUGUCUCUGAGGAUCUAGACAACCGAGAGAAGAUCAUUGUGAUGGGCGACUGUUGUUACCUAAACCCUCUGGUCCGAAGGACAUUUCGCUUUCUUGGUGUGUACGCAUUUGGCCUCUUUGCCACAGACAUCUUUGUAAAUGCCGGACAGGUGGUAACAGGAAAUCUAUCUCCAUACUUCCUGACGGUGUGCAAACCCAACUACACAGCGCUGGGGUGCCAACAGGUGGUGCGUUUCAUCAGCCAACAGGAACCCUGCACGGGCAACGAGGAUGAAAUCCUACAUGCUCGCAAAUCCUUUCCAUCCAAAGAGGCGGCCAUCAGUGUUUAUGCAGCUCUUUAUGUUGCCAUGUACAUCACAUGCUCGGUGAAGGCCAAAGGGACGCGGCUGGCCAAGCCGGUGCUCUCUCUGGGGCUCAUGUGUCUGGCCUUCCUAACUGGGAUUAAUCGAGUGGUGGAGUACCGCAACCACUGGUCUGAUGUCAUUGCUGGCUUCAUCAUCGGAGGAGCCAUUGCUGUCUUUAUGGUGGUGUGUGUGGUGAAAAAUUUCAAAGGGAAGCCCUUACUGAGUGAGAUACCGCCAGAGGAGAGUGUGUCCAGUGGUCCCAUGAUCACUCAGCCCAGGAUGGAGCACACUAUGGAGAAAUACAUAGCGUCCCAGAAUCCCAUCACGUACGCUGAGAUCACAUGACAGUGAAAAGCCAACUAGCCAGAAUGCUGUGGAUAAUGUUGCUGCUCUCCAGUGCGACUUCUUCUUUUGAGUGCAACGUCGAUAUGUGCUAUUUUUACACUUCUUUUUUCAAGUGUGUGGAAAAAAAUCAUCUAUACCUUGUUGUCCUCCUUUUAAUUUUUUUUUUUUUUUUUUUGAGCAAAGUUAGGGCAGGGUCGCAUCCCUAUUUUUAUACGAACGUAUAACUGUUACCAUUUUAGUGGUUGAACAUGCAGGGUAUUGUGUGAAUGUGGAAUUGCAACACGAUGUUCAAUGAAAUGUUUAACAUAUCCUGAUGUACUAUUUACAACCGUGAGUCAACCGUUGCAUUUUGAAGAGGUUUCCGACUGACGAGAAUUAUUGUUGUUGAUCCUCAUAGAAAUCUUUUGUUUCCGCCUGCCGAAACAUAUCACAUCGACAUAUUAGAAAACAGUUUUUCUUUUCAGAACAGCGAACCGCUCCAGUGUUGCACCUGAUGUUAUGCUAUGUAUUUCUAUGCAUGUUUAAAUAGCCAGUAUAGGGUUUAGUUAUGUUAUAGCCAUGAAUUAUAAUUUGCUACUUUCUAUUUGAGGCAGUACUAGGGGAGGGACAUUCUCAUUCUAGAGAGCAUCUGAUUGGUCAAUACAAGAUAUAGUACAGGAUGAUUCAUCGGUAUUUCUGCUCGAUUUUCUAGGAGCGUAUAAGAAUAUACCAGCAAAUACAUGGUCGGUGGACUUGAAAAAAAACAACUAAAUUUGGAUUUUGCAGGGUCUUCAAAGUGGGCUGAUGUGAACAUGAGGUGAUGAGAAAAAAUAAUGAUUGAUUUUGGUGUCAUUAUGGCAGAAAGCACCUUGGGCAGAGUUUAAUUGUGACUGGCAAUUGAUUACAGCACUCACAGAGGAUUAGAUGCUCAAAUUUUUGCCCAAACUUGCUGUAGUGUGUGUGAAGGAUCGCUUUGUGUGCUUUAACGUGGCCAGUGUGUGUGUGUGUGUGUGUGUGUGUGUGUGUGUGUGUGUGCGUGCGUGUUUGCGCUUAUUUGUGAGUCUGCCCUUGAUGUCGCCUCUGUGAGAACGCAGUCUCUAGUGGCUUAGAGAAGGCCGUUUGUUUUCUCGGCAGAGCUGGAGUAAUACCUGUACCUGUGAAAAAACGAGAGAUAUGGAGACGGAAAGAAAGAAAGGAUGGACUUUUGCUGAAUUGAAAACAUCGUGUCUCGGCGAGUUCACACAGAUAUAUGGCAAUAUUUGCAUUUGGAUACAUCUGCGAUUUCACAAUCAUAUGCGUUUUUAUUGUAUCAUAGACCUCAUAGCAUCAAAGGUCUGCGGCGUUUGAUUGAAUUUACAUUCUGCAGAGUGAUUUUUUACAUCAUACUGAGCGUAUGUUUGAUCUCUCACUGACUAGCGAUGAGAUUUGAUUUUCAGAUUCAUGCUUGAAUACAUUAAAUGUCUCCUAAUGAUGUAAAUCAUUUAUCCAAUUCAUCUCACUGGUGUAGUACUGCUGAACAUCCCGAACCUUUUAUGUCCACUGUUUGUCCCAUUAGUUGUCUCUUUCAUCAAGAAUAUAACUUUUAGAGAGUUUCUGGUUGGCUCACUGAGGCAUUUGGACGGCACUCUUUGUACAGCUGCUUUGUGAUUGUGAAAGUGCUAUAUACAUUUAAUUUACAAUUAUUCAAAAAUAGCUACUGAAUUAUCUGCACAUUGACUUUAAUUCAGGGUCAUUUCUAUGAAACUUGUGCGAUUCUCCUCCAAACAGAAUUGAAAACAAAUGCACAUUGGCACGCCGUAAGCAUAUACAUUUUAGAUUAUGUUAGAUUAAGUUUUUUCUUAAAGAUCCUGUUUUUCAAACGGAUUUUAAAAAGUUGGUAUGUAAGCUACAUCCAUCGUAUUUGGUUUGCAAAUGGAUUUGAUUCCCAAAACCCAAAAAACGAAACAGUUUUGAUUGUGAAAAGCCUGAAAUCUUUGUAUAAACAUAGAAAGCUUAUUGUGUUGAUGGUCUGGCAAUGACCUCAGUGACUGAACUGGAAAGGAAAGCAGAUCUUUUCUGAGUCCAAAAUGUCAAACAGUAAUAAAAUAUUUAC